AUGUGUGGUGGCAUUAGCGUCUACGCCUCGCUCAAGCGCGCCGAUGCGCGCCACGGGGACUGGGUUCUGAUUGUCGGCGCCGGCGGAGGACUAGGUCACCUCGCCAUCCAGUAUGCCAACAUACUCGGCUGCCGUGUCCUCGCGAUGGACGCGGGAACCAAGGAGAAGUUUUGUCGAGACCUAGGAGCUCACGAGUUCCUCGAUUUCGCCGCUUAUCCCGCCGAGGAAGACUUGACAGCAGCCGUCAAGAAAAUCACGGGUGGCGGCGCAAGGGUUGUCUUGAUGUGCUCAUCGAACAAGAAGGCCUAUGUGCAGGCCCCGAAAUGGCUCGGGUUUCGGGGUAAAUUAGCAUGUCUUGGUGUCCCCGAGCACAGUAGUCCAGCAAUUGCGGACGUUGAGCCAUUGCUCUGCGAUGAGCUGACCAUUUUUGGUGUCAAGACGGGAAACCGGCUGGAAGCCAAGGAAUGUCUCGAGAUUGCCGCUCGAGGCAAGGUCAAAACUCAUUUCCAACUUCGGCGUAUGCGAAGCUUAACAAAGAUCUUCACCGAAAUGGAGUCAGGUGCAAUUCAGGGACGUGUGGUUAUAGACUUGAAGUAG